CGGGCUGAGCUGGCUGCUAUCUCUGCAGGAGGUCGGCCGCAUGAAGAUCGAGCUGUUUGCUGAUGUCGUGCCCAAAACCGCAGAGAACUUCAGGCAGUUUUGUACAGGUGAAUUCAGGAAAGACGGUGUCCCUAUAGGUUAUAAAGGAAGCACUUUCCACAGGGUAAUAAAGGAUUUCAUGAUCCAAGGAGGUGACUUUGUAAAUGGAGAUGGCACUGGAGUAGCCAGUAUAUAUAGGGGUCCUUUUGCAGAUGAAAACUUUAAGCUGAAACACUCUGCUCCUGGCCUGCUUUCUAUGGCAAACAGUGGUCCAAGUACUAACGGGUGUCAGUUUUUCAUUACGUGCUCCAAGUGUGACUGGUUGGAUGGAAAACACGUUGUGUUCGGUAAAAUCGUUGAUGGGCUGUUGGUAAUGAGAAAAAUUGAAUGCUCCCUUGUGGGUGGAUAGGUCUUUGCCAGCUCCACGCAGCUCCAGUUCCAGCCAGUUCCCCUGCUGUUCCUGUCCUCCUCACAGACGUGCUCCUGAAAUCAUUGAAUAAUUGGCAUAUAUCAUUUUUUUAAGUAUGUUGAAAUGUAAAUAAAGGAUUUUGUUAAAUAUG